AUGAUUUUUGAACCGGCGGAAAGGGUCGUUCUCCCCACGAAGGAUCUCCUGUCCUACAUUUUCGAUGAUCCACCAUACGACCAGGAUAAGCCUAUCUAUAUUGAUGCUCGAGACCCCAGAUGUUCGAUCUCCUGCAAUCAAGCCCGAAAAAUGAUUCGCGAGCUCAUCGCGGGUUUGAAGGCAUGUGGUCUUCGUCAAGGAGACUGUGUGCUGAUUCAUUCUUUCAAUGAUAUCAAUUACAGUAUUCUUGUGCUUGCAAUCAUUGGUGCCGGUGGAAUUUUCACCGGCUCAAACCCUGCAUACACGCCGAUGGAGCUUGGACAUCACAUUAAAGCUUCCGAGAGCAAAUUCCUCAUCUCAGAGCCAGAAAUCCUCAAAAACAUCCUCAAGGCAGCGGAACAGACUGGCAUUCCCGAAGAAAAUAUCUGGAUCUUUGACAAUCUAGGCCAGUCCAUCCCGUCAUCUGGGAAAUCUUGGAACGAAUUGCGCAAAUUCGGAGAGCAGGACUGGAUCAGAUUUAAUGACUUAGAAACGGCACAAACAACCACAGCUGCAAGGCUAUUUAGCAGCGGAACGACUGGGCUUCCAAAGGCAGUGACUAUCACUCACUACAACCUGAUUGCACAACAUGAGCUUGUUCUUGGGGCCGACCCGCGUCCUUAUCCUAUCUCACGAAUCAUUGCCGUUCCAGUUUUUCAUGCGUCUGCAGCCCCGGUGACCCAUAUUUCCACCCUCAAGGCAGGAUCCGUGGCAUAUGUGAUGCGAAGGUUUGAUUUAACGGAGUAUCUCAAGACGGUUGAGAAGCAUGACAUCACAGAUUUGGCCAUGGUGCCACCAAUAGUCAUCGCGAUUUUGAUGUCACCUGAUUCUCAGAAGCGACCUUUUUUGAAAAAAGUUCGGCUCGCCGCUUGUGGAGCUGCACCUCUUGAUAAAACCGUACAAGCUCGGUUUCGGGCUUUGAUGGGAGAUGGAAGCCCGUUCAACCAAGUUUGGGGAAUGACAGAGACAUCAUGCGUCGCGACGAUGUUCCGAUUUCCAGAGCAUGAUGAUACGGGCUCGGUUGGGCGCUUGAUACCGAAUCUUGAGGCCAAACUCAUUGAUGAGAAAGAGACCAAUAUAUCGGCGUAUAACGUUCGUGGCGAAUUGUGUGUGCGAGGCCCGACUGUAACCCCUGGUUAUUACAAGAAUGCGGAAGCCAACGCACAAUCCUUUGAUUCAGAAGGCUGGUUCAAGACAGGUGAUAUAGCAUAUUGUGACCGAAUGACGCGAAAAUGGUAUAUUGUGGACCGCAGAAAAGAGCUGAUCAAGGUACGCGGGUUUCAAGUAGCACCGCCUGAGUUAGAGGCGGUGCUUUUAUCACAUCCACAGAUUGUCGAUGCGGCUGUCAUUGGGAUUGCGGCUUUGGAAGGGGAUAGUGAGUAUCCCCGAGCAUACGUCGUGCGGAGACCAGGAAACGAGGGCCAGAGCCUCACAGAGAAAGAAGUCCAAAACUUCAUCCUUGAGCGACUUGCCAAGUAUAAAGCAUUGAGAGGAGGAGUGAAAUUUGUCGGAGCAAUUCCGCGAAACCCAAGUGGGAAAAUACUCAAAAGGAUUCUCCGGGAACAGGCCAAGAAAGAAAUUGAAGGUGGACUCAAACCGAAUUUGUAG